CCGUCAUACAUCUCGGCGCUGUCCGAGGCGCUCGAGAGCCCCGUCACCCAGGACGUCUACAACCUCGCGGCCACCCUGACGACCCAAGCCGAGGACGCCGACGCCGACGCCGACGCGAGCCUGCGCUAUCUGCGCGCUGCCCAGGACCACGACCAGCGGCGGCUGGAGAGGUCGCGCGACCGGCUGAGGGCGCUGGAGCGGGAGCGCAGCGAGCUGGAACACCGCGACAGAAGCGAGCGCCUGCGACGGGUGAUGAACCGCCUAGGCCGCCUCCACGACGACCCGCGCGCUGCGUAUGGCGACCGCGUCCCCAGCCAGAACAGCCUGUACGACUGGUCGCCCGCCAACGAGGCCGACGACGAAGACGAGCUCGACCAGAUCCUGGCCGAGCUGCGCCGCGAGCAGCCGAACACCCACCCGGAGAUCCUGCGCUCGGCGGACGGCUCUCUGAGGUCUGCCGCUAUCCUGCAGUCUGUGCGGCGGCAUCCCCGGUUUUCUGCCCGCACCCGAGAUCACAGCCAGCGGGACCGCUACGGGCCUUCUGAAACGGCGCGCCAGGCUGCUGGCAUGUCUCGCCUCUCCGACCGGACCUCACUCGACCGAGCGAUUGAACAGGCCCGCGACCGUGAUGUGCUAGCGCGCGUGGACUCGUAUCGUCGAAGCUACCUAGACCGCACCUCGGCUUCAACUUCUACCGUGUCGCCCAUGCUCGAACAGACUAUCAAAUACCUAUCCCGGAUACGGUAUUCAAAUACGCUCGACGAGAGUCUAAACUACGCUAUAGACGCAGGCUUCUUGGCCAAGGACUACUUCUGUGAUGAUCACCAAGACUUCGUCCUAGAUCCCUUUACGCUUCCGCCGCCAGCGGAGACAUCGUGGUUAGCACCUGGUGCCGUGCUAUCAGGAUGCCAGCACGCCACCACGGUUACUUCUACUGUCACUACCACCACACCAGGAGCAAGCACAACGCUGUACCGCUUCCGGAACAACGACUCUAUGACCUCUACUCUCUUCGAGCCUCCUGGCCGGACGUGGCUGGGCUCCGGUUAUACAUCCAGAAGUCGAAGCACCUCAGGCCCCGAAGUCGUUACAUCUCACUCGCCGCAGCAAGAUCGGUGGCCAGUGAAGGUGACUAUCCACGCGGUCGACUACAGUAGGAUGUCCCUGUCAGCCACUAUGGAAGCCUACAACGUCCCGUCACACCCACGUCCACAUCAGACUCUGUUUAGCCAUUCGAUAGACGGUAACCCACAACCGUUCACUCGGACGUCGUCGAUUACGACAUACCUUGAAGGCGAGAUACUUGACUUCAACACGCACACCCUCCUCACCGAAUCCUUCAAAUCCAGCGCAAGCAACGACGCCACCUACUGGAGGAAAUUACCACCGUUCCAGAUGCUCACGGAUGAGGAGAUAGUCCGCAACCUAACAAGUCGAAGAUGGUUCAACGAAGUGCUGAGCAAAGAGUGGAUCCUCAUGCGCUGGAAGGAACGCUGCUUCGUCAAAUCGCUCAACCGAUCGACCGCCGACCCCGUUCAACCUCCAUCCAACUCUUCGUUCUCCUCUGCCCCUGCAGUCAACUCGUUCCACUCCAGCUCGACCCGGGAAAACCAUCAACCUGACCCAAGCACACAUUACUGGGGUGGCGCCGGAACGGAUGCCGAACACGGCUCUUUCGAUGAUUCAGGUUGCGGGUUGACUAUCAGUGGGUUCUAUUAUGUGUGUCUGAGGAGGAGCAAUGGCGCGUUGGAGGGGUUGUAUUACGAUCCGCAGAGCAGCCCGUAUCAGUGCUUGAAGUUGGAGAGUGUGAGAGGCGGUGUAUUCCCUGCUUGGGGGUUCAGGUAGUGGUUGGCGCUUGAAGAGGAGAAAAGGGGGUGUGAAGUGUUUCGAUAUUUUAUUUGCAUGACCAGGCGUUUACAGGGCUCCGGGCUCUUGUGGGUUCUGGAUACGGGAGUUAGAGAAUUACCGCCCAGUGUGGCUUUGGUUUGGAUCGGGUAUUUUACGUCUGGCGAAAUGGCUGGAUGGACUCUACGCUCGCUAUAGCUUCUAUCCGCAUAUUCCGC